UCCUGCGUGGGCCGCUAAGACAUCAAGGGGCUUGUGGGCAAAAGCUCUUCCAUCGAGAGCAUGCCUCAUGAGGAGCAGUAUGGCUUGGAAUCGAGACAGAUGCUGGGCUGUGUUUACUGUGGCAGCAUUGCGAAACACCAGCUCAACCCACCCUGCAUCCUGCUGCUCUUCUACACACAUCCGGACAUCAUCUUUCAAAUGCAGCUGCUGCCUUGCUUAUGGGAAAGCGCUUGCUAGGCAACUCACUCCAGAACCCUCUAGAUACAUCCACCUCAAAGCGUCCAGUGGUUCUUCCUCCCUCCGUGUGUCGGCGAGCUAACGGAUUCAGUUCUUCAUGUACAGACGGUCUCUGACCUAACAAUGAGACAGCCGCAUCUUCUUGUGCAGUGCCAGCCUUGUCCCAUAGACAAGAUGGUGGAGGUGGUGUGAGUGGAUUUUGCCGUAUUGGAUGCCUGGUUACCAGGGCUGCCUUCUCCUCUGCAUCUGGCAAAGUGGAGAUUGUUGCCAUCAACGACCCCUUCAUUGACCUCAACUACAUGAUCUACAUGUUCCAGUAUGACUCUACCCGUGGCAAGUUCAACGGCACAGUGAAGGCUGAGGAUGGGAAGCUUGUCACCAACGGGAAGGCCAUCACCAUCUUCCAGGAGCGAGAUCCCGCUAACAUCAAAUGGGGUGAUGCUGGUGCUGAGUAUGUCGUGGAGUCUACUGGCAACUUCACCACCAUGGAGAAGGCUGGGGCUCACCUGAAGGGUGGGGCCAAAAGGGUCAUCAUCUCUGCCCUUUUGGCCAAUGCCCCCAUGUCUGUGAUGGGUGUGAACCACGAGAAAUAUGACAACUCCCUCAAGAUUGUCAGCAAUGCAUCCUGGCCAAGGUCAUCCAUGACAACUUUGGCAUCGUGGAAGGGCUCAAUCCAUGCUGUCACUACCACUCAGAAGAGUGUGGAUGGCCCCUCUGAAAGCUGUGGCGUGAUGGGUGGGGCAGCCCAGAACAUCAUCCCUGCAUCCACUGGUGCUGCUAAAGCUGUGGGCAAGGUCAUCCCAGAGCUGAAUGGGAAGCUCACUGGCAUGGCCUUCUGUGUUCCUACCCCCAAUGUAUCCAUUGUGGAUCUGACAUGCUGCCUAGAAAAACCUGCCAAGUGUGAUGACAUCAAGAAGGUAGUGAAACAGGCGUCUGAGGGCCCACUAAAGGGCAUCCUGGGCUACACUGAGGACCAGGUUUUCUCCUGCAACUUCAACAGCAGUUUUCACUCUUCUACCUUUGAUGCUGGGGCUGGCAUUGCUCUCAAUGACAACUUUGUAAAGCUCAUUUCCUGGUAUGACAAUGAAUACGGCUACAGCAACAGGUUGGGGAACCUCAUGGCCUACAUGGCCUCCAAGGAGUAAGAAACCCUGGACCACCCACCCCAGCCCAGCAAGGAUACUGAGAGCAAGAGAGAGGCCCUCAGUUGCUGAGGAAUCCCCAUCCCAACUCAGCCCCCAACACUGAGCCUCUCCCUCACAAUUCCAUCCAAGAUCCCCAUAAUUACAGGAGGGGCCUAGGGAGCCCUCCCUACUGUCUUGAAUACCAUCA